AUGGAUCCAGCAGACAGUGAAACUCCAGUUCAGGCAUGGGUACAUCCCAUUGAGGCAUUACAAGAAGAAAUGAUUGAGGUCAAGAAUGGGUUAGCACAAGUAUUCCACCUACUUCGAAACCCUCUCAGGAUCGAUCCCACCUCAACUCCAGGAAAGCAAGAGCAGAAUAGACCUAUGGGGCAUCAGGGAGCUUCCUCCACCCGUCAGAAUGGCCAGAGAGGAGUCUACUUUCGAGUCCCCCAUCCAAGGGUGGUGAUCGUGGAUGAAGAAGAAGAAUUUGCAGCACAUGUUAGAAUGGAACCUCCUGAGAUGGAGAGAGAAAGAAAGCUCCAAGAGCAGUUGGAAAAACUGGAGGAUCUAAUUCGAGUUGAAAAGAGUCAAGAAAGUCAGAUGGCAGACUCUGAUGAAAUGAGUUUCUUCUCUAGAGAUUCAGUCUAUAACCUAAGAGAAGGGUGGAUUGGUGGAUAUGAUUGGAGCAGCAUGCAAGGAUUGCUCGACUCCCCAAAAAUGACUGAUGAAGAGCCUGAUGAAGAACCUGAUGAAGAGCCGAGUGAAGGGAAAAUCAGUGAUGAUGAUGAUGACGAUGAUGAUGAGGAAGAGGUUAAAUAUUUGAACAAUGAUGAGGAAGAUGAAAGUGAUGCCAAUUAUCCAGACUGGAAUGAUUACCUUAGGCCUGAAAAUCAGGAUGUGGAUGAUGGUCAAGAAAGAGAAUUUGAAGAAGAUGAUCGGAUGGUUGGAAUUAUCACCAUUACAGAUAGCAAUGAUGAGGAUCAGUACCCCACUGAGAUUAUUAUAAAGAAGCCCACUAAAGUGAUGGAGACCCGAAGUGGGAAAGACUACAAAGGCAAGGCUCUAGCAGUGGAACAACCCAGCAAGUAUGAGGCAGGGUCCAGUAGCUUGAAGAAAGAACCAAAAAAUCCAAUGUUGGCUCAACUGAAGAAGGCUCAAGCCAACAUUUCCAUCUAG